AUCAGGUCGAGAAUAAUGAAGUCCACCAACAGUGAUUAAAGUGAAGUUACUGUAUGAGAAUAUUACUAUAUAUUAUAUAAAUGAGUAGAAAAGAUGAACUUUUCCUCCUAUCAAUAUUCAUGGCGACCGCAGACCCAGAAACGAUCCCAGAAGAGCUAGUGGAGAAGGAGGCGUAUUCGGUGUGGGCAAUUCCACCUGAUGAGGUGGUGACCAGGCUGAAGAAGCUCAUGGAGGGUCUUCGAGCUGAGUUCGGCGGACCCCAGUUCGAGCCCCACGCCACCGUCGUUAAAGCCAUAAGUUUGACUCCUGAGGAUGCUCUCAACAAGUUCAGAUCAGCUUGUGAGGGUCUCAAAGCUUUUAAUGCUACCAUUGAUCGUCUGGCUACAGGGACUUGUUUAUACCUUCUCAUUCACCCAACCACUGAGCUAGCUGAAGCUUGUUCACAUUGCUCUGGACAUUUUGGUUACAAGAGAUCAACACCAUACAUGCCACAUUUAAGCAUCCUCUACGCAGAUUUGACAGAGAAUGAGAUGAAAAAGGCAGAAGAGAGAGCUAACAUUCUUGAUGACAGCCUUAGUGGCCUGAGCUUCCCUAUAACUCGCCUUGCAUUGUACAAAACAGACCCAGAAGACAAAACUCUCAAGUCUUGGGAAAAGAUUGCCGAAUGCAGCCUUCAACCCAAGUAGAUCUUAUCUUACUACAAUACCUUUUUUGUUGUUGUCACAAAACUUAACCUUAUGUGAUCUUUUUGUUAAGUUGUAGACGAAUUUUCUCUAUAACCAGAGGCGAAGCCAGAAAAUGUAAUAAGAUGGGGUUGAGGCGAUUAUCCCACCUCGCCUAGGCAUUCAAAGACCUAAACCAUUCUAGGAUGAAGAAGAAAAACUUCUAUUUAUAUCAA